AUGGUGUCUUUCCUCAUUCUCGCAGCACUGGCAGCCGCCGGUACUGCAAGCUUUGAGGGCAACAUUAACUAUGAUAGUCCCUCCUUCAAUCACGCUGUUUUGGGCAUCGACGUGCCAAAGGUCAAAGCUCGACAUCUGGAGAAGCGUGAUUACACAGGAUGGAACACUAGUUCAUUGAACUUUACCCACGGGGUGGCUUCAGGAGACCCCUACCCCGAUUCUGUCAUCCUAUGGACUCGAGUCUCUCCUUUCGUAGAAAAUGAUGCCUCUAAUAUCACUGUCGAAGGAACUGUCCCUCUGUACAGUCACGAAACCGAACGAUACAUCAGAGCUUCCACACGCCCGAUUUGUGUUGACUGGCGUGUCAGCGCCAAUCGAAACAUGUCUGGAGCUGUUGUGACCACCGGCCGUGCCUACACAACCUCAGAUAUUGACUACACUGUCGAAGCAAAGGGCCUCGAGCCAUUUACCAGCUAUUACUAUCAGUUCAAUGUGUGUGGAGCAGGCACGAGCAGUCCUAUUGGUCGCACGAAGACAGCUCCUGCCGAACACGACGAAACGCCUAUCGGGUUGGCAGUCUAUAGUUGCAGUAACUACCCGACUGGUUAUUUCAAUGCUUAUGGCAAUGCUGCAAGAAAGGACAAUGUUGACUAUGUUUUGCAUUUGGGUGACUACAUCUACGAGACUAGAGCUGGUGUGCUAGGACGUGACCCUCGUGCCUCGAAUCCACCACGCAUCAUCUUCACAUUAUAUGACUACCGAACACGUCUUGCCCAAUACCGAACGGAUCUCGAUCUUCUCCUGUCACACCAGCAAUUCCCCUGGAUCCCCGUUUGGGACGACCACGAGAUUGCGAACAACGGAUGGAGAGGCGGAUACAGCGCAAUGAACAACACAGAAGAGUCAUUCGUUCGUGCUGGCGGGAUCAGUGUCGACCAACGCAAAAUGAACGCCGUGCGCGCGUAUUUCGAAUGGAUGCCGAUCCGUCAGGCGUCAUUGGACGACAACCUGCGCAUUUGGCGAAGCUUCAAGAUGGGUAAGCUGUUCGACCUGCUCAUGCUUGACACGCGGCAUUACGAUCGCAGUAUAACAACUUUGGGCUGGAACAAUAACUACAUCUACAAUAUUUCCAACGAAGCGAGCCGCACGCUCAUGGGCUCGAACCAGGAGAACUGGUUCUACAGACAACUCUCUGAGUCCGCUCAGCGUGGGGCCACGUGGCGCAUCAUCGGCAACCAGCUCGUCUUCUCCCGUAUUAACACUACCUCCUGGUUCGGGACUUUUGAGAAUCCUUACAACGGCGAUCAAUGGGAUGGGUACAUGGCUAACCGAAAUAGGACAUACCAACAUCUCUUCGACAAUAACAUCGGCAACAACAUCAUGCUUGCCGGAGACAGUCACGCAAACUGGGUCAGCGACCUCGUCUGGUUUGACGAGUCAGAUUAUGACCCUGCAACCGGUGCCGGUGCCGUUGGUGUCGAGUUUGCGGGAACAGCUGUCUCGUCGACGGGCUUUGGUCGAAAUAUCUCCCAAGCCACCAAUCAGAGUCGUUAUCUGGUAAGAGAUAAUUCUGAAUUGCAAUGGAGUGAAGGCUAUUACCGCGGCUACUUUGAGCUGCAAAUCUCUCGUGAAAAGAUCGAUGCAAGCUAUUUCGGGUGCCCUACCGUAGCAACCCGUAACCCCUUCGAACUCAGCCUUGCCAACUUCACGGUCAUGGCCGGCGCCAACCACCUCCAACGCCCCGUUGCCGGCGGCACCGUUGAAAGCGGGUAUCUCCAAACAGGGGGCGUGAGGCAGACGAAUCUGACUUACAACACCCAAACGGGGCAGUAUCUUUACACGAACUACAGCCAGAUGUGGAUUACGUACCCGCCAGCGACAUGA